AUGUCAGCCAUUAGCAGCAGUCCCUUCUCACAGGAGAGCAGUGAAAUCUCAGAUGAAAUAUCAUUGCACCGCGAAAGUUUGAAUGAGAUGCUCAACUGGCAGGUCAUCACACCACUUAGUUCACCCAGUGGUCUGCUCACCCCCAACACACUGAGCGGCUUAGGAGCUCUGAGCAACCAGAGCGACCCGUCCUCAUUCGUCACACCUACCCCACUGCCAGGAGCAGGGAAGAGGAGCAGAGUGACAAAUGAGGAGGUUCUGAAGUUGCCUCUUGAGUUAGGGUGGCGGAGAGAGACCCGGAUCAGGAGUGUGGCAGGUCGACUUCAAGGGGAGGUCGCUUACUUUGCACCAUGCGGGAAGAUACUGCGUCGCUAUCAUUAUGUGACGAAGUACUUACUUCAGAAUGGAAUAACUGAAAUCUCAAGGGAUAACUUCAGCUUUAUUCCAAAAAUGAAAAUUGGUGCCUUCUAUGAAGCCAGAGAAGGACCAGAGGGUCCUGAGUGGAUUUUACUGGCUGAGGAGGAGAUCACUGCCUUUAUCAUAGCCAUGAAUGCCCGCCCCAGCCGCCGCUUGGAGGCUGAGCACCAGCCAUCAGGUGAUGGUGCUGGGGGCCAACGAUUGAAUAAUCAUUCUCUAAACGUUGGAGAAAAUAACUUUCAAGACCUCAGCGAUGCCAGGGUGCGCCGAAAGCUGAAGGCUCAAGAAAUGGCUCGACUGUUGGCUCAGAGCAAAUUGAUCAGAAAACAGGAGGCGCAGGCCAUGGCACAAGCAGCCAAGGAGGCAAGGCAACAAGAAGCCAUACGGUUGGCUGAAGAAACCCGGAUAAAGAAAGAGCUGAACAAGCUUCUCGACCAACAGAGGAGAAUCGAGCGCAUUCAGCAAAUGCAAAUGGAAAAGGAACACCGUUCAAAGAAAACUCUAGAGGCUAAACGACAGAAGCAACAAGAAGCAGCCAAUGCCAGACAACUGGAGGCUGAAAAACGAAAAAAGGAAAAGGAGAUGGAAAGAAUGCGAGCUGUUAUGCUAAAGCAACAGGAGUUGGAGAGGCAUAGAAUAGAUAUGGUGUGGGGUAUGUUAGAGACGGAAAGGCGCAAGCAGCAGAUGAUCCUAAUGAAGGCUGAGGAGUUGCGUAAGAAGGCAGAGGAGAAAGAGCGUCUGAAGCAACAGCAGAUGGAGGAGAAACGGAUAAACAAAGAGAGGAAACUCCAGCUCAGGAGAUUGGAGAUGGAAAAAGCAAAGGCUCUAAAGAAGCCAAACGAGGACAUGUGUUUGGCCGAUCUUAAGAGUCUUCCAGUGCUCUCACAAAUCCCUGGUCUGGUCUUGCAGGGAAGCACCUUAUCAGACUGCCUGAAGGUGCUGAAGUUUUUGCACAGCUUUGGAAAGGUCCUCGGAUUACACAAUUUAAACAACCUCGACUUAAGCGUCCUUCAGAACGGUUUACUUUACACUGGGGGCAGUAUGGGCAAAGUACAAGACCUGCUGGUCAGAUUGAUUUCCUCAGCCAUACAGGAUCCAGGUUUACCUGCAGGUCACAUGAGCAAAACCUGUCUAGGGCAAAACUUGACUGAUGUGGAGAUCAACAGAGACAAUGUGUCUGAGAUCCUGCAGAUCUACAUGGAGGCUCACUAUGAUCAGACAAAGUCAGCUGCUCUGGCCCUCAGUCUACGAACUAAAGCUUUUCAGGCCCACAGUCCGUCUCAGAAGGCAUCCAUGUUGUUGUUCCUUUGUGAUGAUCUCUGCUGCAGUGAAGCUGUGAUCAGUGAGAACAUGGAUCACAUGACCAACCUGUGGAAGAAGAAGAAGGCUGUAGAGGGAAAGCUCCACAAACUGAAAGUAGCAGACAGCAGUGUGGGCGGAAAUGACAGCCUCCCCUUUGAUGACGACGGCGAGGAGUAUGAAGGAAAGACAGGGGCGAAAGCAGAGAUUUGUGAGGAGGAGGACGACUGUGUGAACUCCGCCAGUGUGGAGGAGCUCGAGAAGCAGAUCGAGAAAUUAUGCAUGCAACAGAGUCAGAUCACACAGGAGCUGCUACACUCCUCUCACUCACAGCGCUCCAUGAUGAUUGGACAGGACCGCUACAAGAGGCGUUACUGGCUUCUCCGAGACUGUGGUGGCAUCUUUGUUGAGGGCAUGGAGAGCAGCGAAGGCUAUGAAGAGUUGAAGGAGAAACAGGAAACGGCUCAGGUGAUCCGAAUAAAGAAGAAGCAGCUGAAAGAGAUGGAGUGGGUGCUCUGCCCGACACCAGAGAGCCAGAAGGGCAAAGACGAUCUCAAAAUCUUCCUCAAGGGAGUGGUCAAAAAGGAUCGAUCUUUUAACACACAUUCUGACAAACACCAGAACAGUAGCUCUGCUAAAAUUCUUUCCACUGCAUCUAAUCCUUCACAUCCCUCCUCUCAGACGGGGAUAUCCCACAGCCCCCCGCCUGCAACCACUCUGCAGGGACCUGCAGGUGAAACAGAUACUUCAGGGCCAUAUACGCUGUGUUCCCCCCAGCUCAAAGGCAGCCCCUGGAUAACCUCCAGCCCCAAGCCUGACCUUCAGCUGACUAACAACACUGUCAACAAGCUUGAGAACCCAGAGGCCCUGUGUGACAGGCCACCUUGUGCCUUGUUUCCUGCUGUGGAGGCAGCUAAGGACUACCUCACACCUCAGCCCAUCCCUAAGGAGAUGCUGCACGGUUGGUGGCGAGUGUCAGACGUGCAGGAGCUACACAGUCUGGUGGAGGCGCUCCACAGUCGAGGCAUCAGAGAGAAGGUCCUAAAGAAACAGCUCCAAGAACAUAUGGAGUAUUUGACCCAGCUCUAUGCCAACAGCGAAUAUGCGUUUGAUGUGGCGAAGCUGGAGAAACAGGAAGUGAGGGAGAAAUCCGUGGCGAGUUGGUGUGUGGAGGAGCAGGCGAUGGAGGUGGACAUCCGCCUACUGCAGCAGGUGGAGGCUCUGGAGAGGAGAGUCGUCUUCGCCGGUCUGCAGAUCAAGGGCUGGAUGCACCCUAAGCCCCAGUCAAAGAGGGAGGAUCUGGUCUAUCGAGAGGACAAGCUCCUCUCUUCUCCAGCUCCCGAGAACACGUGGCAAAGAGGAACCAGGCGGCCUAACAAUCCUCUUGAUAUAGCUGUCAUGAGGCUGUCAGAGCUGGAGGAGAACAUCGAUCGAAGCAGGGAGGAGGAGGUGACUCCUGGGAUGAGCCUGUGGCACGAAGCCCUCGAAGAAGUCCGCAGCUCGGCUCAGCUGUCACUCUGUAUUCAGCAGCUGAAGAAAUCCAUCGACUGGGACCGCCCCGUCAAGAAAGUGCACUGCCACCGUUGUCGAAAGGGGGAUAAUGAUGAACUCCUCUUGCUUUGUCACGGCUGUGAUAAAGGGUGCCACACAUACUGCAACCGGCCUAAGAUCCCCACAGUUUCUGACGGCAAAUGGUUCUGUCACAUUUGCGUCGCAAAAAAGAACGCUCAAUUACUCCGGAGUCAGAAGCAUCAAAACCGACCUUUGGGGGGAGGAAAGCGAGGCAGGGAAGAGCAUGACAGCCCUGGGCCCUGUGCCAAAAGAGCCAAACUGGCCUAAUACGACAGAGAUUGGCUGGAAAUGUGCCGAGUUCUGCAGGCUGAGCUGGAGGAUCAUCAAGACGCGGGGGCCUUUCUCCCAUUCAUGAGGACGAUUCAACAAUCGGACAAGCAGGAAUCAGGAUGAAAGAGUUCUUUGCCAAACGAGUGGCUGAGCUCCUGAGGGAAAACUAAAACUCACAUAUAGUAGAAAGUAUCACAAGUGAUUUUCUCUACUUUUCAAACGCUUGUCCUCUUUGGUGUCGGAGGCCUUCUCUUCACCUGUGACACAAUUGAUACGUAUGAGCUUCAAUAAAGCCGAUUGUGCAAUGUGAAAGGACAAACACUCCAUGGAUCAGUAUCUUCAAGUGCAACACUGUUUAGUUCAUGAAAAUAACUCAACACCUGCAGCUCCUGCCCAGAAAAGGACUGUGCACUUCAUGCACAGAGGUGG